AUGGACUAUGAUGACUACACACAGUUCUUGAUAGGCGAGGACCCCUACGUUCCUGGCUACGCUCCUGAUCCUCCUGCUCCUCCUUCUCCGCAGUAUAGCCCUCCCCCAGCUUAUCCAUCUACACCCUCUCGCAUUCCAGUUCGCAACUGGCAGCCGACUUUUCUGGAUCGUGCCCAAGCUAGGCACGGGUUUUAUCCCAUAAAGGUGUUAGAGGGGAGUGAUCCCCUAGAGUUCGUUGUCUUCUAUCCCUAUCCGUGGGACCCCAGUCUUUCGGAGUAUUGGGAUGAGUGGUCUAUGCUAACUCGAAACGAUCGUUUAGUGAAAAUGUCGCCAAGACGAAAUGUACCUGCGGGACGUGACGACGCCACCACGGCCAUGGAUCGUAUGGCAUUGGCAAUGGAACAGAUGGCUGAGUUUAUGAUGGCUCAGCAGGCCCAGAAUCAAAAUCAGGGACACCCUCGGGUCGACUUUGCUAAAGCGAUAGCAAGUAGACACCCACCGAAUUAUGCGGGGGAAGAUGACCUAGUGGUUUUGGAAGAAUGGAUAAGGACAUUUGAUAAACUGCUAGACGCAGUCUACUAUGACCAGUAUGUGGAGCUGAUGAGGUUUGCUCAAGAUAUUGUGCCGGACGAGGCAAGCAAGGCAAGAAGAUUUGUGCAAGGACUGGAUUGGGACGUGAAAAGGGAAAUCACACCAUUCAUGUGCUCCACUCUCAAGGAGGCAUACAAUCGGGCAUCGGAUCAGUACCAAGUGUACCUGGAUCAACAGGAAGUUUACGGCAGGAACAAGAGAAAAGCUGAUGAUAGACAGAAGAGAUUCAAGGUGAAUGAUCGGAAGUCUAACCAAGGGAAAUUUCAACCAAAGCAGAAGAGGGGAGGAACAGACCAAGGGAUACAAUCUGCUUGCAGCAGAUGUGGAAAGAGCCAUCCUGGAGAAAAUUGCCAAGGGAAUAUCAGGCAAGGAGGAGGAUUCAAUGGGAACAACGGCCGGAAACCUACGGAAUCAGGAAACAGGGGAGUUAAUUCUCCACAGGUGAACCGGGGAAGGCCAACGAACGCUGCUACAGGUUCGAGCAACAAAGGGAAGUCACCAAUGGGAGAAAGCAGCACAGGGAACCAAGGCCGAAUCUACGUCGUCAAUAGCACUCAGGCUCAGGCUGGCGACGUCGUAACCGGUACAUUUCUUAUAAACUCAGUGCUUGGUUCAGUAUUAUUUGAUACGGGAGCUACCAAUUCCUUUAUAUCAUCUAUGUUUGCGGAUAGAUUGAAGUUAUGGCCUACUAGUAAGUUAGACUUAAAUGUGAGAACUGCCUCGGGGAUGGUGGUAGCCUGUAAGGAUGGAUAUGACAACAUUUCGAUAGAAAUUGCGGGAUUCAAUUGUCCUGGAAAUCUUAUUCGUUUUGAGUUAGAGGGCAUCGAUGUGGUAGGAAAUCUUAUUCGUUUUGAGUUAGAGGGCAUCGAUGUGGUACGAAAUCUUAUUCGUUUUGAGUUAGAGGGCAUCGAUGUGGUACUCGGGAUGGACUGGUUGGAUAUAGAGGGCAUCGAUGUGGUACUCGGGAUGGACUGGUUGGAUAUGGAGGGCAUCGAUGUGGUACUCGGGAUGGACUGGUUGGAUAUGUAUAAGGCUCAAAUUGUUUGUAAUGAGCGAAAGAAGUUGAGGAAGUACGCUCACCAGGGGUGUGAAGUGUACCUCUGCUUGGUGCAAGACGCUGAGAUAGAAGAACCUGAGAUCAAUCAAAUCCCAGUAGUGCGUGAAUUUCCCGACGUGUUUCUAGAGGAUCUCACGGAAAUGCCGCCGGAAAGGGAAGUGGAAUUCACUAUUGAUCUCGCACCAGGAACCGCGCCAAUCUCAAAAGCGCCUUAUCGAAUGGCACCGAAAGAGAUGGAAGAAUUGAAGGCUCAAUUGGCAGAGUUAUUGGAAAAGGGAUUCAUCAGACCAAGUGUGUCACCUUGGGUCGCACCGGUACUGUUUGUAAAGAAGAAGGAUGGGAGCCUUAGACUGUGUAUCGAUUAUAGAGAACUCAAUCGGGUCACAGUGAAGAACAGAUACCCAUUGCCCAGGAUCGACGAUCUGUUUGAUCAACUGAGGGGAGCGGGCGUAUUUUCAAAAAUUGAUUUACGAUCAGGGUAUCACCAAGUGCGAGUCGCGGAACAGGAUAUCUCCAAAACCGCAUUCCGGACUAGGUAUGGGCACUACGAAUUCACCGUCAUGCCGUUCGGAGUGACCAACGCACCAGGAACUUUCAUGGACUUGAUGAACAGGAUUUUCCUUCCAUACUUGGAUAAGUUCAUUGUUGUCUUCAUAGAUGACAUUUUGGUUUAUUCUAAGACACCGGAAGAACAUGAAGAGCAUCUCAGGACGGCGUUACAAUUGUUGAGGGAAAAGAAACUUUAUGCAAAACUUUCAAAAUGCGAAUUUUGGAAAGAGGAAGUAGCAUUCCUGGGUCACAUAAUCACCAGGGAAGGAAUAGCGGUGGAUCCAACUAAAAUAAGAGCCGUAAUAGAAUGGGAACCACCUAAAUCGGUUACAGAAGUCCGAAGUUUCUUGGGAUUGGCAGGUUAUUACAGGAGAUUUGUCCAGGAUUUCUCAAAAAUAGCAAGACCUUUGACCAAUCUGCUCAAGAAGACUACCAAGUACAGUUGGAGUGGAGAAUGCGAGCAGGCGUUUCAGGAGCUCAAGAAGAGGUUAACAACUGCCCCAGUGUUAACCUUACCUGUGGGAACGGAAGGCUAUGAACUAUACACAGAUGCGUCUCACAAAGGACUAGGAUGUGUCUUGAUGCAACAUGGAAGGGUAAUAGCUUACGCAUCUCGUCAACUAAAACCACACGAGGCUAAUUACCCAACCCACGAUCUGGAACUAGCAGCUGUGGUGUUUGCCCUGAAAAUCUGGCGACAUUAUCUUUAUGGAGUCACUUGCAAGAUCUUUACGGAUCAUCAGAGUUUGAAGUACAUCUUCACUCAAAGAGAUCUUAACUUAAGGCAAAGGAGAUGGUUGGAGUUAAUCAAGGAUUACGAUCUGGAAAUCCAAUACCAAGAGGGUAAGGCAAACAAGGUAGCAGAUGCU